GGCGAACAUAGAGCACACCGUUUCCUCGCUACCUCUCCUCCACUAACCUUGCUUCACACAGCCGCGAAGCCCCCUCUAGUGGAUAUUGCUCGGACUGGCGGCUCCUCAGCUCAGCUCUGGCGGUGAGAGGGAGGAAUGUCUCCCGCCGCGGCUCUACAACUCUUCUUGCCUGUUUUGUCAGACUAGAGAAAUCGGAGGGAGAGGAACGAGCCGCCAUUUUCCGAGCGUCGCUCUCUCUGAAACAACAACAAAAAAAAAAUAAUAAUACACCAGUUUAACCGGGAAAAGCCAACCGGAGCCGGACGGGAACCUACUGGAAAGAAAGAAAGAAAGACGCGAGUUUAAGAAUAUUGAAACCCGGACAGAGCCGGAGCAGAAAGGACCCGCUUUAUUGUUCUAAAUAAUUUAAGCCCGUUUCUGUCUCGUUGUUGUUUCGCCCAUUUCGCGAUUCCGAGAGAAACACGGGGCUGAUAAAACCCGGACCGGGUUCGCCGGAAACCGGAUCCCACCCGAACCGGAUUCCGUUAAAAGGGUGUUCACCCUGAAAUUGAUUUAUUUGCUCAUAUUUUGGCUUAUUGCUUUUCAUUUUUCUCCAAACGGCGGGGAUUUGUUGCUGAAAUUCUCCCGGACUCUGCGCCCGUCACGUGGCUGUCCUCUGCUGAGGCAGUGAGUGAGUGGUGUGGAGCUGGCCUCGGCACUGGGAAAGGCCACAGCGCCCGUCUCUCUGCACUGCAUGGCUGCAAUGGCUCCCGCUCUUACCGACGCGCCAGCCGAAGCUCACCACAUCCGCUUCAAACUGGCUUCCCCGUCCUCCACCUUCUCCCCGGGCAGCGUGGAAAACAACAGCAACGCCAGCAACAUCCUGAUCUCCAGCAACGGCACCAGCAAGCACAAGGCCAUCGUCUCUUCUGCGGAAGAGCGCGCCCUCGACUUCCGGGGCAACCCCAAGAAGGAGGAGCAGCAGCGGGGCAAACUGCAGCCGCUGGUGGCCUCUUACCUCUGUUCUGAUGUGACUUCAGUCGCCACAACCAAGGAGUCUAGGAUACUGCAAGGAGUCAUUAUUAAACAGAAGGUCCUUAAAUCGCAUUCUCUUCUGACCCCGCCCACCAUCUUCAACAGCAGUGAUAUCCGGGCUGAGCUGCUCGCCAGGCAGCACCAAGCUUUGGAGUUUACUGGAGAGAACCUUAAAAUGAUGAGCGGCAGCAGCCAGCCAGGGCCAGUGAAUGGUCUUGCUAAGAAACUUGCCAGAUCCAUGAGUACCUCUGAUCGGGGCCCUGCAGCUCCAGCUGUGGUCAAUGGAAGCAAGCCCGGACCCUCGGCUACCCCCGACACUGAGGCCUGUCCCUCCAAGGAGACCGAUUCUGGGGAUUUCAAAGCCAGUUCAUCCAGUUGCACUCUUCUGAAAGGGUGUAUUGCAGAUGAGCAGCCACCUGGGAACUUGCCUGCAAAUAACUCUGAUCAGUCUGCUGCAGCAAACCAAUUGGACCUCGCAGUAGGGCAAGUAGAAGAUGUGGGAAAUGGGAUAUCCACAGACCCCACAGUGAGUUCUGUUGAUUUGGAAAGUGCGGGUUGCAGUGGCAACAGCCAGGUAAAACCCAUUCCUGCAUCUGACCCCAGUCCCUUCAGCACUUUGGACGCUGAGAUCCGCGCUAGGACCCUGCUGAACCAAAGCCGGCAAAGCGAGAUCGAGAACAGGGUCCAGCGGCUGCGCAAACGCCUGCAGGUGGUGCAGGCCAAGCAGGUGGAGAGACACGUUCAGCAGCAGCUGGGUGGGUUCCUGCAGACUAGCUUCAGCAAGCUGCCCAGUCUGGACUCCCUUCGCCAGCGCAGCCCCGCCGUGCUCACCCGCAAAGCUGAGGCUGCCCUUCGUCGAGCGGCCAGCGAAAGCAGCACUUCCGACGGACUGAGCCACUUCCUGAAGAGCGGCUCUGUGCCCACGGAACUGGAGAGGCUCUCUCUGAGCGGGACGGCUAACCUGAGGGCAACAGAGCAGGCCUUCGACUCGGACAUAACAGACAGCAGCUCCGGGGGCGAGUCUGACAUUGAAGAGGAAGAACUGACCAAAGUGGACAUUGAGCAGCGACACAUCUCACUAUGGAGGAGGGCAGAAGGGAGGUAUGCCAUGGAGAGAGCUUCUGUUGUGAGCCACUGGAACUGGCUGCAGGCUCACAUCUCCGACUUGGAGUAUCGAAUCCGGCAGCAGACGGACAUCUACAGACAGAUCCGUGCAAACAAGGGUUUGAUAGUCCUGGGAGAAGCUCCCCUUGCUGAGGAAGCUGGGCUGGUGGUGAAGUCAGAGUCUGCGGGCUGCAGCCAGAUUGCUCAGGUAGGUGGUGAAAAACAGCUUUUUUUUUACUGCCUGUUUAACUUACUUUACCCUGAAAGGUGCUUGAGUCUGAGCUGCUCUGGGUGGAGGUACAGUCUGAGAGCCAACAAUUUAAAAUGAGUUUCUUAAUUAUUACAUUGCAUACUUUUACCGCAUACUCCAGUCUUCAGGUCA